GCCAAGCCGGCGCGCACUUGCUGCACUGCGGCACCGGAAAUAGAGAGCAGAGCACAGCGGCUGAGCAGGAGAUGUGGAGAUAAUCCUGUGCCACGCGUAGCCUUUAAUCGUUUUUGUCAGUGUCCUCUUUCAGGCUCGGGUCGGCAAGCUUUGGCAUCCCGUCACAUCGCAGCAGACAGCUGAGAGAGGAGGGACACUGCAGCGCGAGCAUCAUCAUGAUGGCACCCGAGCUCCGUGCGUGAGAUCUCUGGCAUUUUAACAAGAGGAGAGAGACGGAUUAAGCCACAGCAUCUCUGUUGAUGAUACUCAAAUCCAGGCCUUUAUCAGCACCGCUCAGCUGGAAUGAAAGAAGAGCAUUGUUACCUGAGGAAACAGCGCAUAAAUCUGGAACAGGAAAUGAAUCGUCUGUGCUCUGUUAAUAAUAACUUUCCAUAUGAUAACAACCUGCUGGUGCUGGACAUGGUCCUGAGCUCACUAUGGGCUUCAUCUCAGACAGUCAACUGGGAGAAUGUUGCCAAGUUGGUCCCAGGGUUCACACCUAAAGAGUGUGCGCAAAGGUUUGAAGAGUUAAAGACUACAGGCAGUUUCCCUCAUGUUGAUGACCAGUGUAACCCACUGACCGGCGCAGUGAGCUCUCCAUCGGAGCCCUUUUCCACCUACAUCAAAUCCAAUUUAUUGGACAUUACCGUAGAUACAGGUGAACCACCGUCCAAUCAGGCCACUCACUCAGAGUCAGGCCUCACUGUUAUCUCUACUGGUCGUGGAGCCUCUGCAGAGAGUGAGAUUGCAGAUCCUGCCAAGAAGAUUGAGAAAACAGAAGGGAAUAAAAUCCCCAACAUGGUAAUCCACGUUUGUGAUGAGGCAAAGAACCUGAAGCUGGACUUUGUGUGUCCAAGGAACCUUCUGGUAAAAGAGAUGCGUUACUUUGAAGAGUAUCUUUCUGUGGACCCACAGCGAUGGGACGAGGUAGACAUUUCUGUCCACUGUGACGUCCAGAUCUUCGACUGGCUCAUGAACUACGUCAAGAGUCACAACACUGAACAUUCGCAUGGAAAACACAUGGACAAACCCAAACUGGAGCACAGCAAUGUCAUCUCAAUCCUGAUCUCCUCCGAGUUCUUGAAGAUGGAAACUUUAGUUGAGGCGUGUAUCCAGUAUUGUCACAAACAUAUGAGUGCCAUCAUAGCAACGCCGUGCAAUAUGAACUGCAUCAACAACAACCUGGCUGGACGCAUCGCUGAUCUGUUCAGCCACAAUGAGGCAGAUGACCUCAAGGACAAAAAAGACAAAUUCAAAAGUAAACUGUUUCAGAAGAAGAUCGAGAGAUUAUUUGAUCGUGGUUAUCAGAAUCACGAUUCCCCUGGUAACGCAUCUACUCUGUACAGAUGUGGACUUUGCCUUAAGAUUUUAACCAAAGAAACUGAGAGAAAAAUUCCUUGUGUUCCAAACAAAAUCAACAUAGAUGCCCGAGGAAACAUUGUAUUCACUCACACCAGACAUAAGGCCUGGGAGGUACAUGAGUUUGUGAAUGGGCUUUAUGAAGAGUUGAAGUCCUGGGUACUGGUCUACUGGAGGAUCUGGGGCACAAUCAACUUCCUUACCUGUUCACGCUGCAAACAGGCAUUCCUGUGUACAGAUUUGGGCCAGUGUAAGUACCACCCAGAGACGGUUGUGUAUCCUGGCAUUGGGGCAGAUCAUAGAUGGCACGGCAUUGGUCUUUACCCCUGCUGCAACCAGAAAGUCCUAAGAUUCGAUCCCUCCUCCAUGCCCAAGGGCUGUAAAAUAAGAGACCACAUUGUGAGUGCAGCAGAUGGUGGUGACUGCGGUGAUCACAAUGUAAACUCAACCCAGACCAGAAUACUCAAUGACCUGCUGCUACACAGAGAGGCUGUGUGUGUGCCAGAGAGCUGUAGCUCUGAGGACCCUUCUGCAGGCAGUGAACGUGUGCCAGGAUGUGAUGUAAUGCUGGAGCCAGGGGUGCUUACAGCUCACAGACCCAAGGAAACCACAGCGUUUUCACUGUUAAAAAACUGGAGUCUUCAGCUGCGGCAGCAGUCUCUGCUGUCUGAAGAUGAGGAGUACACUACAGGGUCAGAGGUCACAGAGGAUGAGGUCGGGGAUGAAGAAGACACAUCAAAAAAACAAGCUGCAAAGAAGGCAAGAAAAUCUGGAAAACCUUUGAAAAGACAAGUGUCCUCCCCCAGUUUCCAGCGUAAGGAGAAAUCUGGAGAAAAGGCACCAUCUCGAGACUCCACCCCAUUCAUCGUCAGCAUCCAGAAGAAUAAGUGGGAUAGCAAUCGCUCCUUGAGGUACAAUCAGGACGCACAGAGGGAGGAGGAUCUGAGGAGAAUGGAGGAGAUUAUAUCAAAUCUCACUAAAAUGCGCUUUGGUGAUCAAGAGCAGACUAAGUUUAAAGACACAAAAGAGCCUGCAGGGGGGCUCUACUCAAGGCUGGAGGCCCAAUUUAAGGCCUCCUCUCAGUCCAGCGGAAGACACAGCAGCUCAGAGAAAACGCUAAGAGCGAAGAUACGCUCGGGGCCUUCGAGACCGACUUAGAGAAAAUGUGGAGAUAAGUGGAUGAGUUUUUGAAAAGGAGGAGUAAAAGAGCUUGCUGCUGUUUGACGAGGCAGAAUAACCCAUCGCUCUCUUCGUCCAUCCUUUGCUCCACUCCUCACUCCCUCCUUCUCCCAAACUCCGUCCAGACACAGCAGGAAUAGCAUUAGAGUCUUUUCCGUUGCAGUCCCGGGAGAAGAAUGGAUUGCUGGUGUGGUCACUGAUGUCAUAACUGUAGCUAUAUAACAUAAACAAUGGACCUAAUAAAACCAUCAGUUGCACUGUAAACAAUACAAGCUUUUGGCUGCUAAUGAAUUGGUUGCACCCACUAAUCUGUGUUACACUAGUACUGUUUAUUUUGCACCUUUUGCUUUAUCUCAUCUCAUGUCUAGCUCAGGAUUCAUCCCAGCCGCAGUGUGUUGUAAUGUCCCUGCUUCAUUCUAGCCGACUCAGGUGACCAGAGAAAGCUCAUCUCCGUGGUACUGACCCUGCACUUUAAGCCGUCUUAAUGCAAUGACUCAAACCUGUAUAAUACGCUAAGAAGCCACUGGGUAAAGAGCGACGCUGACGACUAAUACCUGUGAGGUCUAUGAUUAUGUUGCACUGAAACUAUCACAACUGUGCCAUUUGGACCAAUGUGACAUGAGGGAGAAUACAGAAGCAGUAGAAUAAAAAUCAUUUAAAAUAAA